UCAGUGUAAUCCUAAAACAGAGGCUCCAAAAUCUAGUUAGUCAUCGUUUGGCUGCCUUAUUCCUCCUUGGGUUGAACCUUAUUUCCACGGAGCUUCUGCCGGGUUCUUCACAGAGAUUACAAAACAAAAACAGCACAGAGCAGAAACUGGAGGCUGACUCGGGAGCUGACGUCUCUAUCAGGCUAAAUUAUUUACGUUUGGGUUUUUUUUUUUUUUAAGUGAUGGGGAAAGUCUUAGUGUGGCAUGUGACGGUUCAUUUACUUCAAAACGACGAAGGGGACAAACGCGAAAAGGAGAGGAGAGAAGUCUUUUUAAAGGGUAAUUUCAUCUAGGAACUCCUACUGGAGUCCUCCUCUCAACCAAAUUAAAGCAACAGGAACAUGUAUUUACUUAAUGGCCCGGGAAGAAAGGCCUAAAGUAGAAACUCGGGGCGCUCGGCUGGUGUCGCCGCCGCCGAGCCGGGGAUGCAGGCGGCGUGCGCGCAGUGGGGAGCAGCGAUCGCGUUUCUGGGCUCGGCCGCCCCCACGAGGAACGGGUGACAGCGGCCCGGGGACGCGGGGUGAGGCGGCGCGGCCGCGGCGCUCGGUGCCGUCCUUCGCGGCUGGAAGGAGCGGGAGCCUGGGAUCCGAGCGCCUUGUUUAGCAAUAACGGCUGGAGCGCGUCCUACAAGUUACGGGAGAGUCGGCCGGGAAGGAGGACAAUCACUCGGCCCCUUCGCCCUCGCUCCUAGCCCCUGGAGACCCCAGCGUCGCCUCGCGCUGGAAGGGGAGCUCCAGAAUGAAAAGCAAGAAAGGUGUUGUUGCCGCGUCUGGCAGUGAGACCGAGGAUGAUGACAGCAUGGACAGCCCCCUGGACCUCUCCUCUUCUGCUGGCUCAGGCAAGAGAAGGCGGAGGGGCAACCUGCCCAAGGAAUCCGUUCAGAUUCUCCGCGAUUGGCUGUAUGAACACCGAUACAAUGCCUACCCCUCAGAGCAAGAAAAAGCAUUACUGUCCCAACAAACACACCUCUCUACACUACAGGUCUGUAACUGGUUUAUCAACGCCCGGCGCAGGCUCCUCCCCGACAUGCUGAGAAAGGAUGGCAAAGAUCCAAAUCAGUUCACAAUUUCCCGCCGAGGGGCCAAGAUAUCUGAAGCCAGCUCUGUGGAGUCAGCAACAGGCAUCAAAAACUUCAUGCCGGCUCUAGAGGAGAGCCCUUUUCACUCCUGUACAGCUGGACCCAACCCAGCCCUAGGGAGGCCACUGUCUCCUAAGCCGUCAUCCCCAGGAUCCAUUUUGGCUCGUCCAUCGGUUAUCUGUCAUACCACUGUGACUGCAUUGAAAGAUGUGCCUUUCUCUCUCUGCCAGUCAGUUGGUGUGGGACAAAACGCAGAUAUACAGCAGAUGGCAGCCAGCAGCUUUACAGACACCUCCCUCAUGUACCCAGAGGACACGUGUAAAUCUGGACCAAGUGCACACACACAGAGUGGUCUCUUCAACACUCCUCCCCCUACUCCACCGGACCUCAACCAAGAUUUUAGUGGAUUUCAGCUUCUGGUAGAUGUUGCACUCAAACGGGCUGCAGAAAUGGAGCUUCAGGCAAAACUUAUGGCUUAACCCCUUUUUUCAAGCAAAACAGUUCUCAGAAAUGUUAUGAUUGCUGGGAUGAUGGCAAGAGGUGAAUUGCAUUAUUUUAUAUAUUUUUUUAUUAAUAUUUGCACAUGGGAUUGCUAAAAUGAAGCUUCCUGUUACUGAGAUGUUGUCAAUGGAAUACAGUCAUUCCAAGAACUAUAAACUCAAAGCUACUGUAGAAACAAAGGGUUUUCUUUUUUAAAUGUUUCUUGGUAGAUUAUUCAUAAUGUGAGGUGGUUCCCAAGAUUAUGUGAUUUUUUUUUUCCCCUCCCCUUUUUUUUGUUGGUGUCUUUUUCAGACUGUGCAAUACUUAGAGAACCUAUAGCAUCUUCUCAUUCCCACGUGGAACAGGAUGCCCACAUACUGUCUAAUUAAUAAAUUUUCAAUUUUUUUUUCAAACAAGUAUGAAUCUAGUUGAUUGAUGCAUUUUUUUCAUGACGUAAUAAAGUAUUUUCUUUAAAAA